UACGUGUCUCUCUGCCCGCCAUCCUCCUCCCUCUAUCUCUGCAUGCGAUCUGACUUUGAAGAGCAGCUGUAUGACACCAAGCUAACAGGCCAGACGUUCCGCCACCCAACAGCUUCCUCCCAGAGUUCUGACGACACGUCCACCACCCUCAGUCGCUCCCCUGUCUCCCUCAACAACAAGAGACCUGACUUCAUCUUCCUGCCGGCGUCUAAGGGGCAGGUGUGUGAGGAGGAUGAGACCUCCUCAGUAAGUAUCAGUAGGGGUACGGACCCGUCCCCCUCUCCCUCCCCGUCCCCCUGUGGGUCAGAUCGCCCUCUAGUGGGGUGGAGCAGCACCUCCCUGGGACCCCCCGUGGCCGAGAAACCUCGUUGGCACCUGGGACGACGCACCCCCGCUCACCUGCUAUCCCUCGACAUCACAGGUGAGGGUAAACUCUUGGGCGUAGACCUCCUCCAGGGAUCCUGUUCCCCCUCUCCGUCCCUGGGCUGUGGUGGAGGAGGCCAGCCCCGGUCUCUGGAGCCUGUCACAGACACCCCUGUCCAGCACAUACCCCUGAGGAAGACCCAUAGUGACCUGGACCCCAGCCUCAGCCUUCCCCAGUCCCCCAGGAACCCCCUUCCUACCCUGGGCACCAUGGACCACUCUGCCGCCCUCCUCUGCUCCAACUCCCCCUCUCAGUCCUGGAACGGCCCCAAGGGCUCCACCUUCUCCCCGGGAGCCUGGAACGAGGCCUAUAGUUAUAGUUUAGCUCCAAGUCCGCUGGGGAAGGGACCGGCGACCCUGCCCAAGGGACCAAGGAUGGUUGGGGGGCAGGGUGGGGAGUUGAUGUGCCCCUCUCAUACCAGUUUGGGACUCUCUGUGAGCUCGGGGUCGCAGUCUCACUCUAGUUCGUUCACGUCAAUAUCAGAACCUUCCGGACACAGGCACCCAGGCACCAUAGGGAUGAUGAUGGGGAGGCGGAGCGAGACAGAGGGGGCGGCAUCUAGCCCCACUGACGAACGGAGCGGUUCGGAGAGAGGGAUGGGAGGAGGAGGAGAGAGAAGGGAGAGGUCGGCGCGAUCUGUCGCCGCCGCCAAUGCAUUUAAGUUCCGCGAGCGUUCUCUUUCCACGCCGACGGAUUCCGGCUCGUUCUGCUCCACGGAUAACAUCUGCGGCGGGAUGUACGGCGUCGGCGGACUACCUGGAGCCGGUAAUGGGACAAACGGGAAUGGUGGCAGCGUUUUAACAGAGAUGCACCACCCCCACCACCAUUACCCUGGCGGCGAGGGGGGUGAGAGGGGCGAGAGCUACGCCCUCUUCUACCCCAGUGGGAGCUCCGAGGAUGGGAGCAACAGCAUUGACAACGUCUCCGUAACUGACGGCAACUUCCCCCCGGGAGGUCGCCUACGGUUACGUUCUCGCUCCAUCUCGCUGAAGAAGUCCAAACGCAAACCCCCUCCGCCUGUCCGGAGCGUCUCGCUCGUGAAGAAUUUAGGGGGCGCCGAGGGGCGCGUGCAUGGCCACAACGGAGGGCACUACCGGGACGGGCGCCCCAAAUCCCUCCACAUCCCCCGGGACCACCUCCAGGACUUCCAGCCAGACUUCCUCCUACCCUCCUCCUCCUCCUCCCUCUCCAAGCCCGAUCUGGAGGAGCCUGAGCUGGGCCACGGCGGCGUGGACGGACCCCCUAGCCUCGAGGUCCACGGACCAGACACAACAGAGCUGUCCUUCCCAGCCCACUGGCAGCUGGAGGAGUGGAAAGCUUCUGACCCCUACAGGUCGUUGUCUGGGUCUAGUACAGCCACGGGGACGACUGUUAUAGAGUGCAUGAAGGUUCGGGGCAGCUCCGAGUCUCUCCUGGACUCCCCCUCCACCUCCAGAGCCACCUCCCCCUCCCUGCUCUCCAUUGAGGCAGAGUCGACCAAAGCUUCCUCCCCCUUCAAGCCACCAGGACUCAUGUCCCCCUCCAGCGGCUACUCUAGCCAGUCAGAAACUCCGACGCCCAUUACSCCCUCCAACCAGGUGGCAGGAACACUAACAGGGCCCGCCUGCACGUUGGGGUGUAAGAUGCGCCCCAAAAUCCCAGAGAGGAAGUCUUCGUUGCCAGCUACAUCACCACGGGACCCUGCCGCCCGAUCGAGGCUGUCUUUCGAGAUGCCGGUUAACGCUCAUCUGGAUUUGUCCUCCAUCAAACCAAAACAGAAGGCCAGCCGGCGCCAUUCUGACACGUCCACCGCCACUAAGCCCGGUAAACUGAGUGCCGGCAGCCAAUCAACUCUCCCAGUGGUGACCACGAACGAGCUCCGGAACAUCCGCCUGCGUUCUGUCUCCCGUACCGACCUGGAGGACUGCCUCGAUGGAGCCUCUAAUGACAUCAUUGAGGAGGAGCAGGGUCGCGACCUUUCCCCCCCGCCUGUCACCCCCGGUUGCACUCCCGGCCCCCUCGUUGCCCCCAAACCCAAACCCCCUGUGGCCUUCAAGCCCCCAUUACCCAAACGCCCCCUCAACAUCCUCCUCAAGUCCCCCUCUCUCCUCCCCGUCGCCUUCCGACUCCCCCCCUGCCUCCCCUGUUAACCUCCCCGGCCCAUGCCUAACCCCAGCAUCUACAUGGUAGUAGGUAAGGAAGCCCAAGCUGAAGAAAGGCCUUCCCCACACCCCCA